GAGCGGGGCCGCGCCAUGGCCGGGGCGGAGGGCGGCGGGGAGCGGCGGGCGGUGCUGGCGCUGACCGCGGUGCGCACCGAGGGCACCGGGCAGCCCGGCGGGACCCCCCCGCCCCGCCGCCGGGGGCUGCCGCCGGGGCCGCGCCCCGGGGCCGCCCCCCGCCCCGCCGGGUCCCCGCGCUGCUGCCGCCGCCGCCUCCAGAACUGCCUGUACAACGUGCUGGAGCGGCCCCGCGGGUGGGCCUUCGUCUACCACGUCUUCAUAUUCCUCCUUGUCUUCAGCUGCCUGGUGCUGUCGGUCUUCUCCACCAUCCAGGAGCACCAGAAACUGGCCAACGAGUGCCUCUUCAUCCUGGAGUUUGUCAUGAUCGUGGUGUUCGGCAUGGAGUACAUCAUCCGUGUGUGGGCCGCCGGCUGCUGCUGCCGCUACCGCGGCUGGCGGGGACGGUUCCGCUUCGCCAGGAAGCCCUUCUGCGUGAUAGACUUCAUCGUCUGCGUGGCCUCGGUGGCCGUCAUCGCUGCGGGCACGCAGGGCAACAUCUUCGCCACGUCGGCGCUGCGCAGCAUGCGCUUCCUGCAGAUCCUGCGCAUGGUGCGCAUGGACCGGCGCGGCGGCACCUGGAAGCUGCUGGGCUCUGUUGUCUAUGCGCACAGCAAGGAGCUCAUCACCGCCUGGUACAUCGGGUUCCUGGUGCUCAUCUUCGCCUCCUUCCUUGUCUACCUGGCUGAGAAGGAUGCCAAUGCCCAGUUUGCCACCUACGCCGACUCCCUGUGGUGGGGCACGGCCUCUUCCUGCUCUGCCCCUGGGCAGGUCACCCUCACCACCAUUGGCUACGGGGACAAGACACCGCAGACGUGGCUGGGGCGGAUGCUGGCGGCCGGCUUCGCCCUGCUCGGCAUCUCCUUCUUCGCGCUGCCCGCUGGGAUCCUGGGCUCUGGCUUCGCCCUGAAAGUGCAGGAGCAGCAUCGGCAGAAGCACUUUGAGAAGAGGAGGACUCCAGCUGCGAACCUGAUCCAGGCUGCCUGGCGCCUGUACUCGACGGACAUCAGCCACACGUACCUGACGGCCACCUGGUGUUACUACGAUAGCCUCCUGCCCGCCUUCAGAGAACUGGUCCUUAUCUUUGAGCAUUUGCACCGAGUCCGCAACGGAGGAUUUAGGAGUUCAGAGGUGAAAAAGUUGCCGGACGGAGCCCCACCGCCUUAUCACCCCUUCACCCCUGGCCAGAAAAGCGCCAGCCCCGCUGCUUGUUCAGGGGACAGCUGGAAGGAGGAGGAUGUGCAGCCUCACAAGUGCUUACGCCUCAGCAACAGGAUGGGCAUCAAGGAGCGGAUCCGGCUGAGCAGCUCGCAGCGAGGCAGCCGGGGCAGGCAGCACCUCGGGCCCCCCCUGCACCGCUCCCCCAGCACCGAGGACCUCCCUGAGGCCUCCAGCCCCACCAAGGUGCAGAAGAGCUGGAGCUUCAACGACCGGACACGCUUCCGAGCAUCCCUGAGGCUCAAGCCGCGGACCACAGUCGAGGCUGACUGCCCGCUGGAGGACAGCGGCGAGGAGAAGAGCUCCCACUGCGACCUGACCUGCGAGGACAUCAUGCCAGCCGUGAAGACCCUCAUCCGGGCGGUCAGGAUCCUGAAGUUCCUGGUGGCCAAAAGGAAGUUCAAGGAGACCUUGCGUCCCUAUGACGUCAAGGACGUCAUCGAGCAGUACUCGGCCGGUCACCUGGACAUGCUGGGCAGGAUCAAGAGCCUGCAGACGCGCGUGGACCAGAUUGUGGGCAGGGGCACUCUCACUGUGGACAAGAAGGUGCGGGAGAAGGUGGAGAAGCCAGCGCUGGAGACGGAGCUGGUGGACGAGCUCAGCAUGAUGGGGCGUGUGGUCAAGGUGGAGAGACAGGUACAGUCCAUCGAGCACAAGCUGGACCUGCUGCUUGGGCUCUACUCCCAGUGCCUCCGCAAGGGCUCCAUCAACUCCUUCAGCCUGGCCGCUGUGCAGGUGCCCCCCUGCGAGCCAGACAUCACCUCCGACUACCACAGCCCCGUGGACCACGAGGACAUCUCGGUCUCUGCGCAGACCCUCAGCAUCUCCAGGUCGGCCAGCACCAACAUGGACUGAGCAGGGUGGCAGCAGAUGGAUCCUGCCAUGUGCAGCCUCCGGGAUGGGUGCUGGGAUGCCCUCACUGCGUUACUUGAACCAAGUCUUCCUCUGUGGGAGCACGGCUGCAGUGGGGCGCCCACACCGGGAUGGGCUGGGAGUCAGCAGCUCUGCUCCAUGGCCAGACCACACUGCUGGGAUGCUCCUGCCCCUCCUCAGGGGUGAGACCCCCAAGCUCCUGGGCCCUUGAGUGCUCCCCAGCCAUGGUGGGGAUGCUUCAGGCUGAGCCCCAUCCAGCUCCUCAUCAGGGUCCAGCCUGGUCCCCCAGAGCUGAGCCAGGGUCAGCUCCAGCUAUGCAAAGCUCCCUCUCCCUCCUGCUACUGGGACCGAGAAGGGAUGUUGAGGCAAGACCCAUUGUGGUUUUACCUGUGUCAGGACUGUGUCAGGCCCCCCUCAGGCUGGGUAACAGGGGUCUGCCCCCUUCACCCUCCUCUGCCUGGGUUGUUUCUCUGCUUGCAGCUCUGGCUGCACCUCUAGAAGCACAGCAGAGCCUUCUGCCUGCCCGUGCAUGCUCCCAGGGCAAUAUAUAUAUAGAUGACAUAUAUAUAUUUAUGCAAUAAUGUCUUAAUAUGCAAUAUCCCCGGGAAGAGCAACCCAUGGGGCUCAUAGGCAAUAAGCAACUCCCUCCACCGGCACACAGGGCUGGAUCCUGCUGCCCACGGGGGCUCAGGGCUGGGCAGAGGCUGUGGAGGAGGAAGGGAUGCAGCACAGGCAAUGGGGACAGUGGUCCCAAAGAGCCAUCUCUCCCUCUUGUAUCCCAGACCCUAUUCCUGCUUAGAGGAUUCCUUCCCUGUCUGGUCCUCCAGUGCUCUCCAUAUCCCCAUCCCUUCUAUGGACUGAGAGGCACAGAUCAGCUGGGGAGCUGUUGUCCAUGACUCCUGUCAUGCCCUGACCCCAGAGCCGGGGCCCGUUUCCAGCCCUGCAGGAUCAUGGUAGUGCCAAAGUUUGCUGAGCUGGGGCAGCCGGGGGUCCCGGGGGGCUCGGUGGUGGCCAUCCCCUUGCUGCCAGUGCAGCCCUCUCUGGGCUUUGCACCAUGGGAUUUGCACCCCCUUACCCAGCCCCCCUGUGCCUCUGCUCCUGCACUGGGGAACCCCGAACCCUGCUCGUUUCUCUGCCUUGUCAGUGCAUGCGGCCAGAGCCACCUGCAGCCUCCCCAGUGCUCCCAUGCCACCCUGGCCCCGUCCUCUCGCCCCGGUCGGUGGGGCAGCGGUGCUGUGGGGGCACAAGGGGCUGGUUGGGUGCCACGGGUGGGUUGGUGUGGGUGCUAUGGGUGCAUGCGCACGCAGCAGCUGACCGGGUGGGUUAAGUGUGGCGGGUGCCCGCAGCCCUCCCCGCGUGCCGUUACCUCACUUGAUUAACUCGUUAACGGAUUGGUUUCAUUAAAGCCUGGAGCAGGGGCCGCGCCGCCCGCGUCUCUGUCGCGGCUCCCCCGG